AUAUUUUUCACUAUCAUUUAAUUGCUAAAAGCGACGGAUAUUAAUCGAAAGCUCUCAUCGUAUUAUUAUAAAUACCGUUUACUAAAUGCAGUCAGCGACACAUAUUAUCUGAACAACGGAAGGGCUCACGAGGCAAGGUUUAAGACAACUGGAAAUUUUAGAAGUAGCAUACGGAUGUGCGGUGGAGUUUAAAUGCUAAAAUAUUCUAGGCAGGAGAAUAUUAUAUUGUAUAGAGAGAAUAUUAUAUUGUACAGGAGAAUAUUAUAGUUAGCACGUGAUCGGCGACCGAAGCCGCGACCAAGUCAUGUGACGAUUACUGUGUGUUCUCGUCAUCGCGGGGGAGGCUGAGGUCGUCCAGGAGAGAGGGAGUUCGCCCCCGUUCGUGAACCACGUUUAAAUGGCCGGCUGCGCGUCGAUUCCAAUUCAGUUUCGCUAUUACACCGCGAAAACGAGUCUGAAAUCUCGCAUACCCCUUUGUGAUACAUAAAUAUAUAUUUACCAUAUAUCUUUCGAAAACACCUUUCUUAUUUUUGCCUUUCGUUUUCGAUGAUUCCUGUGGAUAUAAAUUAGUAAUAGCUAUAAUAGCUGGAGAGAAAGAAUCGGAAGAAAAUUGAACAUUUAUAAAAAGAAGGUCGGAAAUUAUAAGGAUUUCUUAUAAUUUGCAAAAAGCGCUCAAAGCAAGUGUUUUUUUUUUUUCUUGACGAAUGCUCUUUGCCGUUUUGACAAAGCGGCAUUAAUUAAAAAUAAGCGCUUUAACGUGGCGCGAUGAUGUUUCAAGCUAGCAGAGAGAAGUAUCCUCGGCAUUGAACGCGAAAUCCGAAUUUCUCGAGAAAGCAAACUGCGUUUUGGCGUUUUGUGAUUUUUCUUCUUCUUACAAGGACAAUCUUUGAGAAUAAAAACGGAUCUUCUUGAAACCAAAUACUUAACAAACAUCAAAAAUGAAAAACGGUAACAAUUCGAUUGGAAGCGAACAAAGGUUGGAGGGCUACGUGAAUCACGGCUUAAGUGAAUCUACCAACAAUGUGGAUCUUAUUCAUUCAUAUCAAUCUUUUCAUAAUUCACACGGAAAUCAUCGAGACAUACAGGGUUCCUCGGAUUUUAUCUUGAUCGAAGAGCCAGGAGAUGAUGAGGUCAAGCAGAAGGAAGGUCUUUUAAGCUCGGCGUUGCAAUAUACAAGGCGGCGUGCCAGGGCCAUAUGUACAAAGAAAACCCUUUACAAGAGAUUGCCAUUCUUGAACUGGCUACCAAAAUAUAACAGUCAAGAUGCGCUUGGAGAUCUAGUGGCCGGAAUUACCGUGGGUCUCACCGUUAUUCCUCAGUCACUAGCAUAUUCGAAUGUCGCCGGUUUACCGCCGCAGUACGGUUUAUAUGGUAGCUUCUUGGGUUGUUUCAUUUAUGUAAUUUUUGGAUCCUGCAAAGAUAUACCCAUGGGACCUACUGCAAUAAUUUCUUUGCUCACUUAUCAAACAAUAUCUCAUUUAGACUCUCCGAUCCAACAUGCAAUUUUGUUGUGCUUCAUAGCCGGAAUUGUAGAGUUAAUAAUGGGUAUAUUUGGUCUCGGAUUUCUGAUAGAUUUCGUUUCCGGACCGGUAAGUUCCGGAUUUACGUCGGCAGUGGCUUUGAUAAUCGUCACAUCACAAAUCAAAGAUAUCCUUGGCAUCCCUGCCAAAGGUUCUCAAUUUAUUGAGAUGUGGCAUAGUAUCGGUGGACUGAUACACGAAACGUCAGCCUGGGAUGCUACUCUCGGAGCAUCUUGCAUAGGAUUACUGUUAAUUCUGAGGUUAUUAGCCACAUGCAAAAUUGGUCCGGACAAGGAAGAACUUCAUACUGCAAAACAUCGCAUCAUGAAUAAAUUCAUCUGGUUAAUCGGCACUUCACGAAAUGCACUUUUAGUAGUAAUUUGUGGUUUAUUGGGCUGGAGCUUCCAGGAUAAAUCGCCUGUCAAAUUGAUCGGUCAUAUACCAGGAGGUAUGCCCGUUAUACAAGUUCCACCUUUUGGAAUCAUCAAGGAUAGCAAUACGACGCUCACGUUUAUCGACAUGAUCGGCAAUUUGGGCAGUGGUAUUCUCGUUAUACCGCUCAUCUCUCUAAUGGAAGAUAUCGCUAUUUGUAAAGCCUUCGCUAACGGAAAAGCAGUAGAUGCUACGCAAGAAUUGAUAGCGAUCGGUUUAUCGAAUAUUGGAAAUUCCUUUGUACAAGCUUUCCCAAGUACAGGAUCACUCAGCAGAAGUGCGGUGAACAACGCUUCCGGCGUGAGGACACCGUUGGGCGGUGUUUAUACCGGUGUGUUGGUAAUUUUAGCUUUGCUGUUCCUUACUCCGUACUUUAGUUUCAUUCCACGUGCCACUCUAGCGGCGAUCAUUAUAGCCGCGGUCAUCUUCAUGGUUGAAGUCAAAGUCGUGAAACCGAUGUGGAGGACAAAGAAGUCAGAUCUCAUCCCGGGCGUGGGCACGUUCGUCGCGUGUUUGGUGCUGCAAUUAGAAAUAGGUAUUCUCUGCGGUGUUGGAAUAAAUAUUCUCUUCAUCCUGUACCAUGCCGCCAGACCGAAAAUAACGGUAGAGAAACUCAAGACUCUUCAUGGUAUUGAGUAUUUAAUGUUGACGCCCGAUCGUUGUUUAAUCUUCCCGUCGGUGGACUAUGUGCGCAAUUUGGUGACUAAAUACAGCCGGCGUGCCGAAAGUGUUGCGACACCUGUAGUGAUCGAUUGUUCACACAUUUAUGGUGCGGACUUUACGGCUGCUACGGUCAUCGAGACUUUGACAAAGGACUUUGCCUUGAGAGGCCAGCCACUCUUCUUUUACAAUCUGAAGCCGUCGGUAUACGCUGUCUUCGAGGGUGUCGAACCUACGGAUUUCACUGUUUAUUAUACCCAGGAAGGAUUAGACGAUUUGCUGAAGGAGAAAGGGUAUACGAAGCAAAUUAAAUAGAAGCGACAUGGAGAGCCGCAAUGGCUAGAAUUUUCGAUACAUUUACAUUUUCGAAGCUGGUAUUCUUCGAAAACUAUCUGAAUCGGCAACAGCUGAUUACUGAGAAUACACAAGAAUUGCAGAAAGGCAUUAUUUUGAUUAGACAUCGAAAUGAUGCAUUAAUUUCGCCAUGAAAGCGAAAUUAUGAAGCAAUUAUAUAUUUAUAUACCGUUGUUCUCGACAACAUUUCAUGCGUGCAAAAGUUUAUUGUGAGAUUUGAUAAUAUUUAAAAAAAUAUUUUACUUUUGCUUUUCACACUCGGAGAUUCACGCUACUUAAUAUAUAGCAAAAGAAAAAAAAAAAUAGAUAGAAAGAAAGCAUAUAAAAAAAAAUAUCGUCGAUCUAUAUUCAAUUUACGUUUAAUAGAAAAAACGUAACUCGACGCAUGUACUUUAACGGAGAGGCACGAAGCAAUUUUGAUUCUCACGUAUGGAAUUUGUAAUUGAAGAAGGCAGGAAAAAUAUUGUUGUAUUUUUCAAAAACAUCUAUAUAUAUGAUACUUCCGCCAUUAUGUACUUCGAAAAGAGAGAUAUUGUUAGAAUAGAUUGGAAAUAUCCUAUACGAUAGAUAUGAUAUAAAAAAAAAGAGAAAGAACGUUUAAAAAUUGUGUAAAAAAAUAAAAAGCGCAUCCUAGAAGAUAUCUUUAUAAUAUCUCGGGAUAUUAGAUAUUAAUAGAUUCAUUUUAGAAUAUUUAUUUAACUUUUUAAUGAAGCAUAAGUAUAUGUCUGUGUGUAACUAUUCUUAUCGAUAUUUAGCGUUUUCAGCGUAUUUAAAGUCCUUAUUUAAAAUUGUAGUGCAUAAAAGAGAUAUAUAAUAUACUGCAUUGUACAUUUUUAUACAUUUACUACAUCCAAAAUAAUACUUCGUGUUCUGAAAAUAUAUGUACAUAUGUAUAAUAAGUUCAAACAAUACUGUGAUAAUUUUAUAAAUAAUGUUUAGCACACAAUCGACGAAAGAUAUUCGUCUUCCGGCGGAAUCGCAGCUUCCUUCGUGAUAAAUAGCAGAUUUUUUGUGAAUUUUUAAAAUUCUUAUCAAAUCGAUAUUAUUAAUUUACAAGCGUAUUGAUGUUAAAUUUUAUUAUAAUUGUAUCGACUAAUAAGAAGGUUUGUUAUAUAUAGAAUUAAUUUAACAUAUGCAAAUUAUAUGUGGAUUAUUUUUUUUAUUGUA